UGUUUGUGAUGCAGAGGAAUCGGACGCGGCGAGGCAGACGACGCAGCCAUAGUUCAGCACUCUGGUGUCUCAGCCUCUCCUAGGCCUAUUUCUCCUUACUCUAGGCAUAUAUCUCCUCUCCCUGGGCCUAAAUCCCUCACAUCUGAGACUGAAACUCCAGUAAACUUGCACAAUAGAGGAAAGAGGAGGUAUAUUCCGCCAAGAUCAAGAUGUUUGCUGGCCGUCUGGUGAGAAGUUUCCGUCCAGCCGUCACUCUUGUCUCAAGAAGUUGUAGUGCUCAAGCUGGCAAUAAAGAAUUCUUUGACAAGUUAGUCACAAACAGCAAAGUGGUCGUAUUUAUGAAGGGAACUCCAGACAUGCCAAGAUGUGGCUUUAGCAAUGCUGUGGUACAGAUUUUACGGAUGCACGGUGUCGACUAUGAUGCUCACAAUGUCUUGACUGAUGAAACUGUUCGGCAAGGGAUCAAAGAAUACUCUGAGUGGCCCACAAUACCACAAGUAUUCGUAAACGGAGAAUUCAUUGGUGGCUGUGACAUACUGCUACAGAUGCAUCAGAAUGGGGAACUAAUCGAGGAGCUGCAAAAGGUCGGCAUCACGUCUGCUUUACUCGAAGCGGAAGCUAAUGAUAAGGGAGACAAAAAUAAAUGAAGAGAAACAC